GGAUCAGAACUCAGAAGCUGACUCCACCGACCUUCCCUGCCAAUGCCGGUGCGUCCCCCUCUCAAAAAGGUUCCGGCCCAAACUCGAGCAGAUUUGGGUCCUCCCUCCUCCGCCUCCUCCGCCGCCGCCCCCUGUAUCCCACCGGCUCGCCGGAGAGUCCGCCUCGCCGCCGCGGCCUCACGGGCGCGUAUCCAGCCUCGCGGAGAGCGUGCGGAACCGCGACCCGUACUAGGGCAGCGCGAGAGAGAAGCUGCUGCGCCUGCGCUGCAAAGGUCUACAGUUGGAGCUCUUGCUGCUGCUUGGAAGACUUCGGACAAGAACCUAAGAUCAUGGCAAGCCUUGCUGAUUCUUUCUUAGCGGAUCUUGAUGAACUUUCAGACAAUGAAGCCUAUCCUGAGGAAGAAAAUGCUGAGGCAGUGGGCACGGAAGAGAUUGGUGAUGAUGAUAUGCCUGACCUCGAGUCUCUUAAUUAUGAUGACCUUGAUAGUGUUUCAAAGCUUCAGAAAACACAACGUUACAAUGACAUUAUGCAAAAAGUUGAAAAUGCACUUCAGAAAGGUACAGAUUUUUCCAAUCAAAGGUCGAUCCUGGAGGAAGAUCCAGAAUACCAGCUGAUUGUUGAUUGCAAUGCUCUAUCAGUAGAUAUUGAGAAUGAGAUCAUUAUAAUCCAUAAUUUCAUACGUGACAAGUAUAGGCUGAAGUUUCCUGAACUAGAAUCCCUUGUUCAUCAUCCGAUCGAUUAUGCUCGUGUUGUCCAGAAGAUUGGAAAUGAGAUGGAUUUAACGCUUGUAGAUCUGGAAGGGCUUUUACCUUCUGCAAUUAUAAUGGUAAUUUCAGUGACAGCAUCAACGACAAGUGGGAAGCCGCUUUCCGAGGAGAACUUGGUAAAAACUAUUGAAGCAUGUGAGAGAGCCCUUACUCUUGAUGCUGCAAAGAAGAAGGUACUUGAAUUUGUAGAGAGCAGAAUGGGUUACAUUGCACCAAACCUGUCUGCCAUUGUUGGCAGCGCUGUUGCCUCGAAGUUGAUGGGAACUGCUGGUGGUUUGGGAGCACUUGCAAAAAUGCCUGCUUGUAACGUUCAGUUACUUGGUGCUAAGAGGAAAAAUCUUGCUGGGUUUUCUACUGCCACAUCUCAGUUUCGUGUUGGCUAUCUUGAACAAACCGAUGUAUUCCAGAGUACCCCACCAGCUCUGAGGACUCGUGCUUGCAGACUUAUAGCUGCAAAGUCAACUCUAGCAGCAAGGAUUGAUUCGAUCAGAGGUGAUCCAACAGGAAAAGCUGGGCGUAACUUGUUAGAAGAAAUCCGUAAGAAGAUUGAGAAGUGGCAAGAACCGCCUCCUGCAAAGCUUCCAAAACCACUUCCUGUUCCAGACUUUGAGCCUAAAAAGAAGAGAGGGGGUCGGCGGCUUCGAAAAAUGAAAGAAAGAUAUGCACAAACUGAUAUGAUGAAGCUUGCUAACCGAAUGCAGUUUGGUGUACCAGAAGAGAGCUCAUUGGGUGAUGGUUUAGGGGAAGGUUAUGGCAUGCUUGGACAGGCAGGAAGUGGAAAGCUACGCGUGUCAACUGCACCAAGCAAACUUUCUGCAAAAAUUACCAAGAAAUUCAAGGAGAAGAGCUAUGGUAGCAGUGGUGCAACAUCGGGGCUGACUUCUAGUUUGGCGUUUACACCAGUUCAGGUGUAUUCUGCUAUGCUGCUGGUUAUUGCACAGCUUCGUGGAUUUUAUGUUGCUAUUCUUGUACGGGGAUAGAGUUGUCAAAUCCACAGGCCCACGGCAACCUGCUUGGAAGUGGAACUCAGAGCACCUAUUUUUCAGAGACCGGGACGUUCUCGAAGAUCAAAAGGACCUGAGCUGAUAAGCAAAAGUUUCUUCUUCCCAUCAGCCCACAGACCCGUCAUAAUCCUCAGGAUGCACCGAUGAAUCCAUUUUGUAAUGUACUCCACCUUAUACCCGAAUUCAGCAGACUUUCGUGGUGCUGUUUGCAAUCUCUAGAAGUUCGCUAACUUCCAUACGGUUCAAGUUAAUUCGACAUGCUGCGUUUGAUCUGAUGCCGUCUUUGCGUUCAACACAAUUUACUGUUUUUGGUAGGUGAUUAUCUUAUCUGUCAUCUCAUCUUUAAAGUGUAAUCCCUCUUGUUUCUUACAAGGUGCUAGUUUUGCGUCUAGAAUUUCUGAAACAAAGAUAAGCAUCAGUUGGUGUUCCCAA